AUGAAUAUCAUGCCUAGUUACUUCAGCCACGGCAGGAGCCCGGAGACCAAUGCAGACACCUCCCUCGGAUCCUCCAACACAACCAAUACCACCAAUCACAUCGAUUCGCGAUCUGAAAGACCGGGCCAUUUCCCCGACAUAGGGAAGUUCUUGAUUAUUAACCCCCAGGAUCAGAAUGCCUUCUCGAGCGAUAGCCUCAACUGGCAACUCGGACACGAAGCUAAUCUCCACCCCCGAGCUGUCAUCUACAUCCAAGACAAAUCAGUCAAUACACGAAUCAAUGACCGAGUGAUGCUCGUUCUGCGAAAAAACAAAGGAGGCCCUUCUUUUACCUGUUUGUCCUUCUGUUGGCAUAACGAUCUCGAUUUCGACGAGCCGUCACAAACAAUGACACAUCGCCAGGCAGUGUCCGGGGGCUCACGAUCUCGACAGUUACCGCCGCCACAGUCGCAGGGAAGAUCACCGCACAGCCAUGCCCUUGACAGCGAUGCAAGCAUCGAACCGAGGCUACCCUCCGUUGAAGUUGAGCUUCGCGUACAUGGUGUCUCUGGGCUCCAGCCCCAUAUCUAUCUCAACUGCGAGGCGCUGUGGAAUGUCGAACGCGAGGUCAACGUGGCUGUAUUGGGCAAAGUGAGUGUAUCAUCAUUCAAGGCCGUGGUUGAGCAUGUGAAACGGCUUUUUUGCGAGUCGUUGGACAAGGCUGUGCACAAGGCCGAACAUGCUGCGCCUAAGGCUGAAUACUCUGCGCAUGUCCCUCCAGUGGAACCCUCGAGAUCGACCACGGCGCCACUUAAUAUUCCCCAGCAUCCACGCCACGGCCACGGCCAUCGACAUGAGCAUGGACACAGCCGGAGAGUGCACGAACGACCCAGAAGGGGAUUCUUCCUAUAA